AUCAUCAUUUAAUCCAAUCAUUUUUUUAAAUUGAUUUAAUUGAAAAAUAUUCGACAUUUCCUUUUGUCAUAUAAUAUAUCUUAUCUAUUUUCAGAAAAAAAAUCUAAUAAAACCAUACUUGAUAUAUUAAAGGUCGAUCACUGUUCAAUAUUUGAAAUAUGACAUUCCAAUCGGUUGAGUAAGUUUAUAUAUUGAUGAUAGUAGAUCGAUUACAUUACGAUUGAUUGAUUGAUUUGAAUGCUACAAGCCAAUAAGAACAACAACAAAAAGAAAUCAUCAUCAGUUUUAAACAUUUAAAUCUAGAACAAUAAUCACAAAAUGUAGAGUUGAUUAUUAUAUAUCAACCAACCACAAUUACCAUGGUUGCAACAAAAAAAUUAUAGUAAAAACAACGAUUGUUUAAUUGGUUUUGAUCCAUUUUCAUUGCAAUCGGAUUAUUAUUAGUAUCUUAGUAUCUUGAAUGCUGAUAAUCCACUAGUAACACCAAACACACACACACACACUCAUUUAUCAAUGAGAUCAAAAAAAAAUUUCUGUAACCAAUAGAAUCUAUGGAUGAAACAUUAAAAUUAUUUGUAUUUUAGUGCUGUAAAAUUGAACGGGAAAAAUUGCUGUUGGUUUUUUUUUUAAUUAUUAUAACCAUAUAUACGGUGUUAAAGGAAUAAAACAUUAUUGUAUAUUGAUCAUUAUAAUUAUCUUCAUCGAGUGUUCACCAAAGUUUUUCUGCAUUUUAAAUCUAUGUAAAAAUUUAAUUUUUUUUAACCUAAAAAAUCAUCAUUUUGAAUCUCAGAACUUGUUGUUGUUUGUUUUGCCACCAAGAAAUAAUAAUUUCCUUUAUACAACGAUGCCUAGUUAUAGUUUGAAUGAUAUAUGUUGUCCACCAUCAUAUAACGGUGAAUCUAGACGUGCACGUUGGUUUUUUCUCGGUCUAUUCGUAUUCAUUGGUUUUAUGAUUAUAUUCAUUUUGAUUGGUUUAGCUGCUGGAUUAUGGAAACAUGCACCUGAACAGGAUCAUUAUUUAAUACUUUCACGACAAUGGCCAAUUACCGUAUGUAUAGCACGGCAAUGUGAUGAAAAAUAUCGUGAUCAACAAGAAUGGUUGAUAAACGGGUUACAAUCACGUAUUGCCGGUGAAAAACCAUUAAAGAAUUGUGAACAUGAAGAAAAUGAUUUCAAACCGGAAUCUGUGAAAGAUGAAAAAGAUUAUUUUGCAACAAGAUGGCCAAAUUUGGAUCCAUUACCUCACACACUCACAAUUAAGGAACCGACGGAAAAACCGACUACAACUGCAACUUCCACAGUAAAGACCACUACUGUGAGUAUUAGUAGUAGUACAACAAAAAAACCUGAUGAUAAACCUGAUGAUGAUAAACACAAUGAAAAACAAUGGUCAAAAGAAUGGAAACAAUAUGGUACCUGUUAUGAUGGAAAACAAGCCGAUUAUUUUCAAACCAUUAUGGAAUUAGAUAAAACAUAUUUAUUAAAAGAAGCAAAAAUUUCGGAAAAAAUAAUACCAAACACAACGGCAUUGAUCGAAUUGAAUACAUUGGCCAAAACAUUGGCUGAAUAUUUCAAUAAAAAAAAUGAACAAAAAUGGGAUGAGUCAAUGUUUGAAUUUGUAUGUAAACUGGUUAUAAAUACAAAUAAAAAUGAUGAUGAUGAUGAUGCUGAACAAGGACAACAUUUAUAUCUACUUGAAGAGAUACGUAUGUGUUUCGGUGUCAUGACCACUGAUGAUGGUGACAAGAAAAAACAAGUGCAUAAACCGAUCGAAUGUUUUGAUCGUUCAUCAUAUGGCAUUGAAUCGCCAUACGGUUGUUUUGGUCAACAAUCGGUCAGAUAUCCAAAUGCAUUUUAAAAUCAUUUUAAAAAAUUCAUUGAUUAUUUUUUUUUGUUGCUUUGUUUUUAUUUAUUUUUUAUUUUUUUUUUAAUUUAUUCAAUUUAUUCUUGUUUUUCUUUCUAAAUUCGCCAUAAUCAAUCUAUUAUCUUCUUCUUCUUCUUCUUCUUCUACUUGAUCUUU